CGUACCUUGGCGAUCGAGAGUUGGAGCUUGUAGGUUCUGUAUCCGUAAUAAUUUCUUAUUGGGCCUGGGCGCAAGUCGGUCGCCGCUGAUUAAAAAGCCGAGUCUCCCGGACCAAAAAAGUACAUCUUUGAUCUCAACUUCCUCAUCUCAUCAUUCAUCUUGGUAAACCAUGGGCACGAUUAUAAUCACAGGAGCUAAUGGCUCUCUUGCGAUCCCUGCCGUAGAGCAGCUUCUGACUCAAUACCCCGACCACACACUGGUUCUAACCGUGCGCAACACGGCCAGCGAGGACCCGAACACUCAAAAGCUUCGCAAUAUCAUCUCGCACCACCACACGGCGAAGACAUCUAUCCGUCAACUUGACCUGGCCAGUCUCACUUCUGUUCAUAAGUUUGCUGGGGAUAUCGCGACCGAGAUCACAGAGGGCAAACUCCCGCAACUCACCAGCAUCGUCUGCAACGCGUAUUAUUGGAACUUGGUGACGGAGGCCCAGCUGACAGAAGAUGGGUAUGAAAAGACGUUUCAAGUGAACCAUAUUGCACAUUCAGUGCUUGCUCUUCGUCUUCUGGGUCACUUCGGCCCGGAGGGUGGUCGCAUUGUGCUUUUCAGCAGCGACACCCAUUUUCCCGGUCAAAGCCCUCUUGAGACGUAUCCGCCUGUCAUCCCGGACGACCUAGACUUGUUGGUCAAGCCGCCGACUUAUGAGAAGGUCGAUCAUAUGGGGCGUGGAUUCCAGAGUUAUUCCGUCUCAAAACUGGCGAUCACCAUGUGGAUGUAUGCGAUAAAUCGGCAUCUGGAGAAGGAAGAGGAUCUCAAGAACAUUACCGUGAUUGCCAUCAAUCCUGGUAACUUGACAGACUCGCGGGCUCUACAGGUCAACACCCCCACGCAGGUCAAGGUUAUGUCGAGCUUUAUCAUCCGACCGUUCUCAUUUCUUUUGCGUCGCUUCAUGGACCCGACCAUGCGUUCUGCUGGUGAGGCGGCAGCCGAUAUCGUUGGGCUGGCGACCGGUAAGAUCAAUCCCGGGGAGGGCGGCUAUUUCACCCUUUCCAAAAAGGAUAAGAGCUCGUCCGAUAGUUACAACGAAGAGGUGCAGGAGAAACUGUGGAAGAAGACCUUGGAAUGGGGAGGCAUCAAUCGGGCGAAUAGCGCACUGAAGGACAUUUGAUUGAUUGAGGGGCGUUGGGAAUGCUGAUAUUUCUCUGUUUCAAACUGUUAGUGAUGAUAUAAUAUCUCUUGAUACCUACCAAUUAUUUGAUUAAGUAUCCACCUAAUUCAGUUGAUCAAUCGUCCGGAGUUUUUGGGUCUGGUGGUAUUGAAGAGAUGGUUGCAGAAGGAUGUACUCUACACGAGAGGCCGCUAAACAACAAUAUCACGUGCAU